GUCAGUCUCUGCUUCUCACCAAAGAAUGUGACCGACACGGAAUCACCAGCUUGUCACCUAGUUUCAGGAGCAAGAAGGCCGCAUCCCCUGGAGACACCUUCGUCAGGAAAUUGGAGGGGGAGAGAGGGAGGCUCUGAAAACAUCUCGAAAUGUACCUGAAAUGCACCCAGUGGCUUUUCAGCCCGUGUGACAAACACCCACGAGGGAAAGCAUGCAGUAACAGCCCACGGAAUAUGGGCGAUGGUUUUAUAAAGAAAAACACUCCAAGAGUCGCAUCAGAGCGAAGGAGUUGGGAGAUAAUCAAGCUGAAACUAAAAUGAGUUUAAUUCAAGAGCUGGGAUCUGAGACAGAACCGAAUUUAGACAUGAGUGAAAGCAGCGAAGAAUGUGUGAAAAAGAUUAGCAGUGUGAAUCUUGACAAACUUAUAGAUGACUUCUCACAGAUAGAAAAGAAAAUGAUAGAAACCAGUGGAAAGAAUAAUAUACUGGAUAUACAGUUGGAAAAAACUAACUAUUUGUUAAAAGUAAUGCAAACAAAAGAGGUCUCAAUUAAAGAAGAAUGUGCUACUCUUCAUAAUAUGAUAAAAGGGCUACAACAGACCAUUAAAUCUCAACAUGAUUUGAGAGGUGAAAAUGAACAACUAAAAAGAAGUGCUGAUCUUAUGAAAGAAAAUUUUAAAUCUCAUGAACAGGAAUAUAAGAAUAAUAUUGCCAAACUUAUGAGUGAAAUGAAAAUCAAAGAGGAGGGAUAUAAGAUAGAAAUAAGGAAACUUCAUCAGGAUAUGCAGGAAAAAAUUGAGUCAAAUGAAAAAAAGCAUAAAGAACUGAUAGAGAAAAAGGAGGUAGAAAUUUCAGAGUUAAAUGCAAAGUUGAGAACUCAAGAAACGGAGAAACAAAGUGAAAUUAUCAAAUUACAGUUAGAGUUUGAUGCCAAACUAGCAAGAGUUCAAACUAAAUCAAAAUCAUAUCCAGAUUCUACUGUUUUGCCACAGAGUAUCUACAGAAGGAAGCUUCAACAUCUUCAAGAAGAAAAAAACAAGGAGAUUGCAGUUCUUCGGAAUACCAUUCAUGAUUUAGAGCAACGCCUCUCCCUUAACAAAGAUUCUGAUGUUAAACCUACUGGGAAAGGUUCUUACCUUAAGCGUAGACGGUUUUGAGUAGGAAAGUAAAUUCAUUAGUUGCUACCUAAUUUCUUUAAAAGCAGUUGAAAACUUACUUCUAUCAUUGAUAGAACAUAGUGCCCAAAUAAUAACAAAGAAAAAGGAGAGCUUCAAACUUUUUAAAUUGAGUUUAUUUAAACAAAUCCACAUCUGGCCAAUCGUGUACUACAUUCUUACUUAACAGUAUUAACCAUAAAGGAGUUCAGGUUUAUAGGCCUUAGUUUACCUAUUGAACCAUCAUUGACUAUGGAAAUACUUUCUAAACAAUCAAGAGAUAGACAACAUUCUUUUAUCUUUUCCAUUACAACUCUCAAGACUAUCUCAAAUUUGAGAGAUAAAGAAAAUAAGAUAUAGGGGCUUCAUUUCAUACAGGAUAGUGAAAAUCAAAACUCUUAGAUAUACAAAGUGUAAGUAGAUAUUUAAAAUGUAGUCCUAGCAAAAUAGUCAUGUGUCAGUAUUUCUAGAACUUAAAAGACGAAUUCACUGAGUUCUUUAAAGGUUUAAUCAAUUAAAAGCGUAAGAUU